GGAUCACGGCCCCCCCCGCUGCCCCCGCCCCCCCCGCUCCGUGGACACCGCGCGCCACGGCUGACAUGGAUUAGACGGGCUCGCGCGCUCGGCUGUGUUUUCCUCUACAUCUGCGUUCGGCCCGUCGUGUUUUUCAGCGCGUGGAGCGGAGAGAUGGCCAGCCCGCCGCCUCCCCCGCCUCCGCCGCCGCCGCCCCCCUCCUCCGGCCCCGGAGCGCACCUGCUGUCCGCCGGGGUGAAGAAGAGCGGCUACCUGCGGAAGCAGAAGCACGGCCACCGGCGGUUCUUCGUGCUGCGCGAGGCCACGGAGCGCCGCCCCGCGCGGCUGGAGUACUACGAGAGCGAGAAGAAGUGGAGGAACGGCUCCGCGGCCAAGCGCCUCGUCCCGCUGGACUCGUGCCUGUGCGUCAACAAGCGCGCGGACGCCAAGCACAAGCACCUGAUCGCCCUCUACACCAAGGACGAGUACUUCGCCGUGGCGGCGGACAGCGAGCAGGAGCAGGACAGCUGGUUCCAGGUCCUGAGCCAGGUCCUGUCCGAGGGCCGGCUGCUGGACGGCCCGGCCGCCACCUCCUCCCUGGUGGGCUUCGAGGAGACGGGCUACGGGCCGCUGGGCCCCUCCGCCGCCGCCGCCGCGUACAGGGAGGUCUGGCAGGUCAACCUCAAGGCCAAGGGUCUGGGCCAGACCAAGAACCUGACCGGGGUGUACCGGCUGUGUCUGUCCAGCCGGACCGUCAGCUUCGUCAAGCUCAACUCGGACACGGCGGCGGUCAGCCUGCAGCUCAUGAACAUCCGGCGCUGCGGCCACUCCGACAGCUUCUUCUUCGUGGAGGUGGGCCGCUCGGCCGUCACGGGCCCGGGAGAGUUCUGGAUGCAGGCCGAGGACCCGGUGGUGGCCCAGAACAUCCACGAGACCAUCCUGGAGGCCAUGAAGGCCAUGAAGGAGCUGUCGGAAUUCCGGCCCCGGAGCAAGAGCCAGUCGGCCAGCACCAACCCCAUCUCCGUGCCCGCCCGCCGCACCCUCAACCAGCUGCCGCCCAGCUACACCGGCUGGGUGCGGCGCUCCCGCACCGCCACGUCCUGCCGGGUCCGGACGGCCAGCGAGGGCGACGGCGGCGCCGCCCGGCCCGCGUCCAUGUCCGUAUCGGUGACCGGGAGCCCCACCAGUCCCGGUUCCGGUCCCGGUUCUGGGUCGGGGAACCACCUCAGCAGGUGCAGCGGCCGCACCUGCAGGAUGCUGGAGUCCGCCUCCAACCUGCACCACAGCUGCUCCAUGCCGGUGUCCCAGUCCCCCCCGGCCGCCUCCAGCCCCAUCAGCAUGUCCCCCAGGGGCGGGACCCGCACCCCCGACAAGUCCCGCAGACCCUUCAGCUGCAGCGCCUCCAUCUCCGGCUCCCUGAGCGACGCCGGCCUCCUGCUGUGUGACGACUACAGCUCCAGUCCGGGCGAGCCCCGCUUCCUGUCCCUGACCCGCAGCGACACCCCCGACUCGCUGUCCAGCACCCCCCCCUCCCGCGACCCCUGCGGCUACGUGAUGAUGGACGGCGGCUACAGGAAGAGGACGCACUCCCUGACCACGCCGCGCCACCAACGGGUGGCGGCGCCGCUGUCGUCCGCCUCCCUGGACGAGUACACGCUGAUGAGGAUGGCUCGCGGCCUGGGCGCCCACUCCGCCUCGCCCCAGGUCUGCUACCCCGAGGACUACGGCGACGUGGAGAUCGGCUCGUCCCGCAGCUCCAGCAGCAACCUGGGGGACGACGGCUACAUGCCCAUGACGCCGGGCGUGGCGCCGCAGUCCGCCAGGGCCGACAACUACGUGCCCAUGAGCCCCAUGUGCGUGUCGGCGCCCAAGCAGAUCGUGAACCCCAGGGUGCACCCCCAGUCCGGCAAGACGGGCUCGCCCUGCGGCGGCUCCCUGGAGGACAGCGGCUACAUGAGGAUGUGGUGUGGCUCCAAGUCCUCGGUGGAGAGCCCCGACCGCCACGGCGAGUACAUGAACAUGUCUCCCGGGAACCCCCCUCCCCUCCAGACGCCACCCGAUUACUACCCGGGAGAGGCGGCAGCGGCGAGGCCGGCCCUUCACAACGGGUCCCUCAAGCUGCAGACGUCCAGGAGCGAGGACGACGGUCAGUACGUCCUGAUGAGCCCCCAGACCGCCAGGCAGCGGGCGGGGGAGUCGGACUACUACUCAGUGAUGCAGCCCGGCGCCGCGCACGCUUCGCCGCUGAGCCCCUCGGCGCCGGCGCCAUCCCCGGUCCGACACAACCGGGGCCGCCUGGGCCGGCCCAACAGACUGUCCCUGGACACCCUGAGGACCCUGCCCAGCAUGAACGAGCACCCGCUCCCCACAGAGCCCCGGAGCCCCGGCGAGUACAUCAACAUCGACUUCGGCAGCGGCGCUCCGGGAAGGUCGUCCCGGUGCGACUACAUCAACCUGGACCUGGGCCGGCGCUCGCCCAAGGAGGCCGGCACGCCCGGCGAGCGCCUGGACACGCUGCCCGAGUCGUCCCUGUGCUCGGAGGACGACGACGGCGCUUACCAUACGGAGGAAGACUCCCGACACCAUGGCGACAGCGUCAACAACGGCUACGCCGAGAUGGCGUUCCCCAUAACCGGCUCGACGCCGCAGCUCGUUCCCCACAACGCCGACAGCAGAGAGGCGGGCCUUUCCCCGGAGGACCAGGGUGUCCCUGAACACAUCGGGGUCUUCCUGCUCGGCGCCCCCUCCUCCUCCAGCCUGGACCCGGACCGCUCCGCCAAGGUGAUCCGGGCCAACCCCCAGGGGCGCCGGCGCCACAGCUCCGAGACCUUCUCCUCCACGGCCACCGUGACCCCGGUGUUCCCGCGCUACGCCCGCGGCGACGCGCCCAAGCGCCACAGCUCGGUGGAGAACAUCUCAUCCCGGAGCAGCGAGGGCUCGGACGAGGAGUACGGCAGCCCCGUGACCCGGCGGGGCCCGGCCGGCUUCCCCGACGGCCUCAACUACAUCGCUCUCAACCUGCUGGAUGGCGGCGGCGGUGGCGGCGUGGACAAGUGCCAGGACCUGGUGGGGUUCAAGCCCGCCAGCAGCUGCAAGGGCGGCGUCAACGGAUUACACGGCUCGCCGUACGUCUGCCUAGGAUUCAAGGAGGCCGCCACCACUGCCAAAGACUGAAGGAUCCGACCCGGCGUCUCCACUCAACCUGCUGCUCAACUCAAAUCCUCUACAGAGAAAAGACUGUACCCAGGGUGUGUGUGUGUGUGUGUGUGCGUGCGUGUGUGCGUGCGUGCAUGUUCAGAGGCCGUCUUUCCUGUGAAAAGAUCAUCAGACGAUCACAAACCUAGCUAAAAAGGUACCCACAUGCUAUUUAUUCACCCAGUUCUACCGCCACCUGCGUGUGUGUGUGUGUGUGUGUGUUGAGGUACGCUGAGUAUAAAUCUAUAUUUCAAAGAGAGAUUUUAUUUAUUUUUGAAUGAUGAAUGUGCGUAGACGAACCCGAGGCCUUAACGUGGAACCCAUGCUUCUGUUGGAAGCGUUUCCGUGGCGACCGGUCGUCGGAAGCGUUUCCAUGGCGACCGGUCGUCGGAAGCGUUUCCGUGGCGACCGGUCAUCGGAAGCGCCUCCGACCAUGGAACCCUCCGCCCUGCUGUGAUCAACAUUCCACUGCACCACCAUCCCGUUCGGGGUCAAUGGCGAGCUGACGUUCGCCUGGCGUCAGCGUCCCUGGAAUCGAACCAGAAACCCGGGACUGGACCCGACGCCCCGUUUACACGCUGCUCGGACAGCUUUCUGUCAACGCUCCCUUUUACUGCUAGCUCCCUAGGGCCACGCCCACCUCGCUGGACAGCAGGCCCCGUUUCCACGGCAACGGUUCAAGCCCAAGCAGGUUUUUGUUUGAGGGGAACUGAGACGGCGACGUUUUGAACAUGAUGUCAGUUUACCAGGGUUGAAUCUCUCCUGGAAUUUUAAGUUGGAAAAUCCCUGGGAAUUUAUGGGAAUUCAUGGGAAUUUACUGACAUUGAAAUUUGGGCCUUAUUUGGAAAUUUAAAUCUAACUGUGGAAAAGAUAUUUCAGAAAACUUUCUGUGCGAAAGUAUUGAUAUCGUCGUCUGCUGAACAGGGCAGCAAAGGCCUGGAGUUCUCACAGUUCUAAACUUUCCAUUGGGGAAUAAACGGGAAUAUACAGGAAUUUCUGGGAACACAUGGAGAAUUUUCCUAAGUGGAAGUUUGUCUGUCAUCAGCGAAGCUGAAUAUUUUCCCUAAACGUCCCGUCCCCCCAGGCCCUAACAGCGUCCAGCGUGAGGCGCCACCGUUUGUUUUCAGAAUGAAUCCCGGUACCCGGGCGUGUUGCAGUGACCGGUACCCGGGCGUGUUGCAGACUGACCGGUACCCAGGCGUGUUCCGGACUGACCGGUACCCGGGCGUGUUGCGGACUGACCGGUACCCGGGCGUGUUGCAGACUGACCGGUACCCAGGCGUGUUCCGGACUGACCCGUACCCAGGCGUGUUGCGGACUGACCGGUACCCGGGUGUGUUGCGGACUGACCGGUACCCGGGUGUGUUGCGGACUGACCCGUACCCAGGCGUGUUGCGGACUGACCGGUACCCGGGCGUGUUGCGGACUGACCGGUACCCGGGCGUGUUGCGGACUGACCGGUACCCGGGCGUGUUGCGGACUGACCGGUACCCGGUGUGUUUGCGGACUGACCGGUACCCCGGGCGUGUUGCGGACUGACCGGUACCCGGGCGUGUUGCGGACUGACCGGUACCCGGGUGUGUUGCGGACUGACCGGUACCCGGGUGUGUUGCGGACUGACCCGUACCCAGGCGUGUUGCGGACUGACCCGUACCCAGGCGUGUUGCGGACUGACCCGUACCCGGGCGUGUUGCGGACUGAUCAGUACCCGGCGCAGUGUGAAUGUGGGCGGAGCUGGACCCGGGUUCUGCAGGGUGUAUAUUGUGUACAUAUUCAUGAGCUCUCCAGAGGGGAGCUGCUCUUCUCUCCCUCACUGUCACGUUCUAUACAUAGAAUAUAUAUAUAAAUAUGAAUAUAUAAUGUCAGAAUCCUAUUGGUCUAUUUUAUUAAGCAGCUCUCUGCCUUGUCAGCUCUUUACCUACAGCGUAUGCAACAGGACCGGCUAGUUUACAGCCCUGGAACCAAAUGCAACUUGAUUUCUUCACUGUACGUCCCUGUCUCUGAAAGCUUUGGUUUUGAUGGAUUUCUUUUCAUUUCCUGUGGCGUCUGAAAGCGUCUUGUUCUGGACUGUGUGGUCUUCCAUCUGUACAUAGACCAGGAAGCGGUUCUGAAGGUUCUCAUGGUCUCUGUCGGUUCUGCUCCUCACCUUCCUCUGUCCUCACCUCUCAGUAGAGUCUAUGGAAAUAAAUGGAUUUAUUUAACGAGAA